AUGGCGACUAUACAAAGCUUAGUAAAGCAAAAGGAAAACAAAAACACGAAGAACUCAACAGAGUUGGUGCUGAAAACUUGGAAAGAGGGGUCGGAAAAUAGGCAAAAUGUUCCCAAACUUCAUAUAAUGGAUGUAGGAGAGCUGAACUACUUUCUCUCCUGUUUUGUUAUUGAGUGCCGUAGAAUAGAUGGGACAGACUAUACUACAGAUACUCUUUAUCAGAUAUGUGCAGGUCUCUUUAGACACAUGAUGAGUAAAGGCGUGUGUGAUAAGAACGUUUUGGAUACGAACGACCACAAGUUUGACGGAUUUAGAAAAUGUCUCGAUGCUCGAAUGAAAGAUCUUUCUUCACGGGGGAUCAGUACUAAAAAGAAAUUGUCUGACCCGAUCGACCAGGAAGACGAAGAAAAAUUGUGGAAAACGGGAUAG